GCACUAUAUAGCUGUCAGAGGGAGAGCUGGGCUGCAGAUCGAGUCGCAGCCAUCGCGCACCCUUUUCUUGCAGCUGAGGAAGGAGAAGCGUGCCAAGAUGUGCAAAGGACUCGCCGCGCUACCGCAUACAUGCCUGGAGAGGGCCAAGGAGAUCAAGACCAAGUUGGGCAUACUGCUCCAGAAGCCUGACUCGGCCAUUGACUUCAUCAUCCCCUACCCGGAGAAGCCGGAGAAGCCAGCCAAGGCUGUGAAACCAUCCCCAGAGGAGGUCCUGCAGUGGCGUGACUCACUGGAGAAGCUCCUGCAGAACCCCUAUGGGCUCGCCAGCUUCCGCACCUUCCUGUGCUCCGAGUUCAGUGAGGAGAAUGUUGAGUUCUGGGUGGCCUGUGAGGACUACAAGAAGACCAAGUCCCCUGUGAAGAUGGAAGAGAAGGCCAAGAGGAUCUAUGAGGAGUUCAUCCAGACCGAAGCACCCAAAGAGGUGAACAUUGACCACUUCACCAAGGCUGUGACCAUGAAGAACCUGGUGGAGCCAUCGCCGAGCAGUUUUGAUAUGGCUCAGAAGAGGAUCUUUGCUCUGAUGGAGAAAGAUUCCCUGCCCAGAUUCGUGCGGUCGGAGUUUUAUCAAGAGUUAAUCAAGUAGCAAUGCGGCCAGGCUGCAUGAGGCAGCUCACCACGGGCAGCCCUAUUGCUUCUGUCUCAGCACCUACUCCUAUAGCCACUUUGCUUUCAUGAUGCCACCCUACAAGAGCACUUAGGAAUGCUGCUAAACACCUGCCUCAGUGCUUUGGACUCUCAGAUGUCCCAGUGUCUCCUUUCUUUCCCAUAGAGGACCAGCUCACAGGAUCACCAGGUGAUGCUCCAGGGCCUGACUAGUUCAAAACACUGGCAUUGUUUAGCAACCCUAUGUACCAAGCUCAUAGUUUCCAGUCCGCAGCUGCAUCCCUACUGUCCACAUGCAGCCUGGUGGCAUCUCUGGGGGUGCUGCUGUGAUCGCUUCUCUCUCUGGUUGCUUCUCUGCAGCAGGCAUGCCACAGCGAUACUUCUGCACAAACCCAAACCAGGGGCACAGGUGAGAGGAAGGAGGACUGUCAUGCUGGGGGAGAAAAGAGCUGCUGGGUGAAGCCCGUCAGAGCAAAUUCCAGGGAACAUAAAGCAAGCAAACAGCAAAGCCAAAGAUGUCAUUGGAAAUAUGAACAAUAAAACCCCAUCUUCUUGAACAGAUAACAAACUCUGUUGAGUUUGUGUAGCCUGCCUCUCUCUUCUGUCUCCCUCUCUCUGCCCAGGGCACGUGUUUCUACAAGGCGAUCUCCUAAAAAGACCACCUCUUUUCAAGCAAUCCAAAUCCAGCCCGCUGUCUGCUACCAGAAGAAAUUGCAUCUGACGAUGGGGCAAAGGCACAUGCAAAAAGUAGCUGGGGCCUCAUCCAGCCCCGAACCAGAGAGUCUCUGGAUGUGGAAUGAGCUGAGCCCCAUCCCUGGGGGAUCCCUGCAGCAUCUGUGUGCAAGGAGCAGCAGGCAGGGACUCACUGCCUGCACCCACCUGCACUCAGACUGCUAAACUUUAGGCUAUGAGGCUCCACACAGCCUCUUCAGCAUUUACAGAAUCGGAUCAAACCUCAGUAAACCCAAAUAUUUACAUGCUGUCACUAUGGCAACGAAUAAAAAUACCACAGGAAGUGGGCUGCAUUUUCCAGGCAGGGAGGGGAUACAGGGGAAAGAUGAAGGCGACCAUAAGCAUGAUGUUGGCAGUGGCUUUUUUUUCUCCUCUCAAGCAAGUGGCUGGGAAAGUCGGAGCUGGAGCAGCAGGUGAGGCUGGCAAAUCCUCUGGAGUGGCUCAAGCUGCCCAAAGAUGUGGGAUAACCUCAGCAUGGGUGCAUGGCAGGAGUAGGCAGGAGGCUCAGGAAGUGCCACCAUCAGGAUAUCCCCACCACAACCCGCACGUCUUCAUGAAGAGGUGCUACCAUUUCCAAGUCUGGCAUGUUUAACCUCCCUGUUCACAGCAUAGAAAUGCAAAUCCAACCAGGCUUCUCCAUGGAAAGACCCAGACCUUUAAUUCCCACGAAUGCUUUGGCAGCUAUUUCUAGAUACCCUCACGUGUUUCGCAGUUGAACACUGAUGUUGACGCUCUUGAAGUUUGGAUUCUACUGGAAGCUGAAUGUGCAAAGAAAACCUGGGAUGUCAUUGGCUGCAGCAGCUCUGCGUGGGGCAGAAAAACAGGGCUGGGGUAUGUGAAUGCCCAAAAGAAAGCUGAAGGCCAUGGAGGUGAAACAGACCCAUUGGGAAUCCUACCCCAGCUCGACCUCUACUGAAAAUGUUGGAAACUUGCUUUAGGGGUGAUGUAACAGUUCCAGCAAGGAACAGGGUGGCCAUGAAUUGUGCCCCCAAAGUGUUUUGGAGCUCUUGUGAAGUUGUGUUUGUGUAGAAGGCUCGUUUGGGCAUGCUUACCUGGAAACAUAGCGAUGCUUGCACCGCAUGGCCAGGCUUUCUGCAGACCCAGGAGUGUUUGCUAAGUUAGUAACAACCAUCAUAUCUCUGGUAGCAAAUGCUUCAUGUAUUUUGUCACUCUUGCUUUUACCAAGUUUGGCAUAUAUAUGAGCACUCUUCACAUGACAUUAUACAUCUAUAACGUUGCGUCCAUACUUAAGUAUACACACACACAUAUACAUACUCUUAAUAUUGGCAUCCAGAUCCAAGUCAGUCUGUGAAUCAAAGUGCAGGAUAUGGUGCCUGGGGUCUGAGGGAUAAGUAAAUGGAUUUAGCAUGGUUCCCAACACCACCAAGGGAAACCUCAGCCCCUCACCUGCUGAAAAGAGAGGUGCAUCCUCCCUCACACCCUUAGAGGCCACCCUGUGCCAUUGCUCUGGCACUGUGCACUCCAAGGCCCAUAGGGUGCCUGGGGACCCUCCUCUGCCAUGGGGCAAGGCAACCCCAUGAUGCAGCCUGGGCCCCAGCACCAUCCCAGCAUGGGAUGGCCAUUGGUGCCCAUGGGUGGCUGAGGGUGUCCCAGGGUUCAGCCCAGCCCCUGGCCACUGGUCUGGGCUCCCUGGCUGGGAAUGCAGAGGGCCAUGGCCAACAUCCAAGGUUGGAGCAGGAUGGGCUCCUUACAGGUCCAAGGAGCUGCUUCUCAGUUUGAUGUUCUCCAUGUGGUUUCCAUGCUUGAAGAUGCGGGAUGUUGAUGUACACUGAGGAACUGGUUGCAUUAACCCACAUUCUUGUACCACUCAGUAAUCCACGUAUAAACAUUUAUUUCUGCUACUGUC